AUGGCAGCUGGAAGUGCGGCGGAUCUUCCGCGACCCGGGAAGCAAGGCGGGGACUUAGCUUACGAGCUCCUGGCCUGGAUCGAGUACCCGGUGUCUCCAGAGGAAACUGUGCCAUUUCUACAGAACUGGCUUGGAUGGCAGCUGACCGCGCACGGCAAGCCCUUGAGGGCAAGGGUGGAGCAAAGAAGUGCCGCACGUUUUCGCGUGCGGUGCUUGUCAUGUCGGCCGUCUUGCACGUGGUGUCCUACGAUCGUGCUGGAUGAGGCGACGCACCGGUUUGCUCUUUGGUCUUUGCCCCAGCACGAGCACGGCAGCCAAGCUGCAAUAGUUCCAGCCCCGCCCGCACAGCUACGGCUGCCUCGCAGGCGUCUUGCCACCUGGACCAGCGGCGCGCGGCUGACGAAUCAAGAGCAGCUCGACCGCUUCAUCAAGACGGAGUUCUUGGAGAAGUUUGGCUUGACGGUGUGGUCUAGGGCGCAGAAGCGCACGGUCUUCUGCGCAAGCCACGAGCAGGAGGGAGGUGGCCGCUGUCCCUGGAUGGCGUGGGUGCACUACUUGAUCGAAGAUCACACUGCUCGAGUUGGGUCGCUGCCCCCAGAUGCACAUGGGAAGGUGGAGAAGAGAGCGCGAGGUUUGUGGACAACAUCUCAGAGGAAGACCAUGCGAAGCUCAGUCGCUGCCCGGAAAACACAUGGCCAGACUCGCGUUGCCUUGCUAAGCCCACGCAGAACGCCGCACGGCUUCAGGCUCCGUGUCGCAGCCAGCCCGCGCUUCAAGGACAAGCAGCUGCGGGGCGCGCUCGGCAAGCUGCGGCGCCAGCUUCGACAACACGAGGCGGAUGAGGCGGAUGAGCAACAGCCGACAACACGAGUGUGGCGUGACUCGGAUUGGACCUUUCUCGCUGCAACAUGUGCCCCGUGCUCGGCCACCGAAGUAACUCGCGAUGACCCUCGGCUUCGAGCCAUCUCGCCGCAUGUCGCAGGGAAGGAAACGUGCGUGGUUUUGCUGAGCCCCAAGCAAGUCAGCGACACGCUGCUCAAGCUGACUUGCAAGCAGUAG